GCCUGUUUUGAUCCGGUGAAUCGGUGCAUAUACCUGCUGGGCCGUUAUCUAGAGGUAGACGGUCGGGCGACGAAGAACAUCCAGUCAGACUUCUAUAGAUACGAUGUGGACUCGGGCCAAUGGAAUCUGUUGAGCUCAGAUACGGGCGCAGACGGAGGUCCCAAUCUGGUGUUCGAUCAUCAGCUCAAUAUAGACUCGCAGGAGCAAACGGUGAGUGAGUGA